AUCAGCACCUCCCUGCCAGCACAGCUAGCUUCACGACCACUCCAUGUUCCAACUAGAUUCCUGAUCCUAGUGGGCAUAAAUUCAAAGGUGUCUUUAGUUGAGCGGCCUAGGGUGGUCGGAAGGCCCAGAUACUUCUCCGCCAAGGCCUCAGUUUCAAUAUGUAGAACUUCCUUCACCUCUUGCUUGCAGGUGUCAUCACAAUUUGCACCGAAGAAGAUCGCUGAUUUGUCUCUAUUUACCAACUGUCCCGAUCCUCUACUAUAUAUAUUCAGGAUGUCUUGCAAACGUCUAGCCCCUCUGAGGGAGGCUUCUGAGAAAAUAAUGCAGUCGUCUGCAAAUAGAAGGUGUGAGACCCACGGGGCAUGGAUUCCCACCCGCACUCCCCUGGAUAAGUGCACCGGUCUAACUGCUCGCAGCAAGCAGGAGAGUCCUUCAGAGCACAACAGAAAAAGAUAUGGGGAGAUUGGAUCCCCUUGUCGAAUCCCUCUUGACGGCUUAAAAGGAGUUGAUAAAAUCCCAUUCAUUCGUAUUGAGAAGGAUACCGAUGUGACACAUCUCAUGACAGUAUGCACAAACCUUUCAGCAAAGCCCAAUUUCAGCAUCAUGCCUUGGAGGUAAUUCCACUCUACUCGGUCGUAGGCCUUUGCCAUAUCGAGUUUAACUGCACAUGCCCCCAAUUUCCCUUUCUUCCGCUUGAGAUAGUGAGUACAUUCAUAGGCAACAAGUACAUUGUCCGUGAUUAGGCGACCUGGCACAAACGCACUUUGUUCUGUAGAAAUAAUUUCAUCUAAAAAGACUCGUAGUCUGUUAGCAAGUACUUUGGAGCACAGCUUAUAAACCACAUUGCAUAGAGAUAUCGGCCGAAAAUUCUUCAGAUCCUGAGGAUGUUUUACCUUUGGGAUCAGCACAAGCGUUGUCUGGUUGAUGGCCUCCGGAAGUUGACCACCAUUCAGAAAAUUCAGAACAGCUCUAGUCACACUUGGACCCACUGUGUCCCAGUGCGUUUGGUAGAAUCCAGCUGUAAAUCCGUCAGGACCAGGGGCCUUAUGAGCACCCAUCAUAGACAGUGCCCGCACCACCUCCUCUUCUGAAAAUGGGCUCUCCAGUGAUUCAUUCAUCGCCUGAGUCACACGUUGCGGCACAUGUGCCAGAAUUUCAUCUGGCAACAAGAUCGGUUGGGCUGUGAAUAGGUCCCCAUAAAAAUCUAUGGCCAUUGACUCUAAUUCGGACUGCCCAGUGACCAGAUCACCAUUCACUGUCCUCAAGGCCGAAAUGUGGUUGGUCUUCGCCCUUUCCUUCGCUUUCGCUUGGAAAAAUUUGGUGUUCCUGUCACCAUCUUUCAGCCAGGACAAACGUGAACGUUGCUUCUCCAUUAUUUCCUCCCUCGCUAGAAGUUCAGAAAUACGAGUCAUAAUUUGUCUUUCUCGUCUAGACGGACCCGAGAAGAUGGAGUAACUCCUCUCAAUCUCUAGCUCACGACGUAGCUUGCUGAGCUCCUUCCUGACCGAGCCAAAGACAGAGUGAUCCCAUUCCUGGAAGGCCCAUCGCAUCCUCCCCAGCGAGGUUUGCAGCUCAUCUAGAUCCUCGAUGUGAUUAGCAUCCCCCCAGUUCUGGCAAAGGGAGGCAACAAGCUUGAGACAACAACUGCACAACUUGCAAGAAAAUCAUCGGCAGUUGAUGGGACAAGAUCUUUCCGGAUUAGGUGUCAAGGGACUUCAAAAUCUAGAAAAUCAGCUAGAGAUGAGCGUUCGUUGCAUCCGGACAAAAAAGGACCAACUCCUGGUUGAUGAAAUUCACGAACUGAAUCGAAAGGGAAGUCUCAUCCAACAAGACAACAUGGAAUUACACAGAAAGGUCAACCUAAUUCGCCAGGAAAAUGCCGAAUUAUACAAGCUCUAUGAGAAAGAAGCAGCAGGUGAAGUCAACCGAGAUUCAACAACUCCAUACAACUUUGCAGUUGCAGAGAAUGCCAACAUUCCUAUCCAUCUUGAGCUUAAUACUACACCGCAAGAACAUGAUGUUGAGCCACCUGCGGCUCCUAAAUUAGGGUUGCAACUAAAUCCAUGAAGACAUGCAGUAUGACAUUGCUUUUGUUCUCAUUGUCCUUGAAGACUGGAACUUGAAGCAGCCAGAAAUGAUUGCUUGUAACGGGGCUAAACACAUAGCAAGACAAAUAAAGUAUACAUGCCACAGACUAUUGGCAAUGGUAGUAUAAAUCUAUCUCAAAUAACAUGCAUUGUAUUGAAACUUGAAAGUUUAUCCAGCAAAUGGUGGUAUAAAUCUAUCUCAAACAAAUCUAUGCAGCAAUGGUUUGUCUUUUCACA